UUAGUCAGCAAGUACCAACAGGUAAAGUAAUCUCUUUCUGUUCUACAUGGCCAUGUUGAUGAUAUUGCUGCCAUCUAAUUCCUGCCCUCUUACUUAUUCCAACAUCCAUAAUUUUUUUUGUCUAAGCACAAUAAAGCUUAUACUAGUUCAUGUAAGGUCAUUUUCUCCACAAAUACAAAUAAAAAAAAAUAAGAGUUUGUAUGAGGUCGGUAAGUAUUUCUUGUACUCAUCACAACAGUCCCCAUUUUAUAAAUACCAACCAUGGAAGAUCUAUAGGCUUGCUGGUGCUUGAGCUAUUGCACAAACACAAUACAAGAACAGGAAAGUGGCAUGAAAAAUGGGAAGUUCAGCGGCAGAUGUCUACUUUGUCUUCAUGAAUUUUGAUCCUGAGUAUGAGCGCCUGCAAGCAGAUCGAACAAAACAAGGAGCAAUGGAGCUUGAUCGAUAUGUAAGCAACAAACAUGACCAGUUGCUAGCCAAAAUGCUCGGACCAAACACCUAUAGGAAGAGAUCUUCUUUGGUUAUUGUCGAUGGGUUUGCAGUUGAAAUAACCGAUGAUCAGGCAGCUAUUCUUAGAUCUGCAAAGGAAGUGAGGGUUGUGGAGAAGAACCAAGAGCUUGUUUGAUAGCUUGACGUGAAUCAAAGCGAAGGAGUAGAUCUAUAUAUUCUAAAGAACUUAGGUGGGUUUAAGUAAUAUGUUAGUUGCAAAUUUUACAAGGUUUUGUAUUAUCGUAUGUAAAAAUUUUAUGUUACUCCUUGUGGCGCUCAAGUUAUGUAUGGAUUUUAAAUCUUUCCAAUUCCUAAGAUUGAUGCCUGUAAACCAAGUAGACUGUUUUCUUCUGACGUUUUCCUAAAGCUGUGUUCGC